CGCAGCUAGCGUGCGUACGUAAACGUCCACGCGAGCUUCCAAACAUUAUGGCGCCCAUGUUGCAACGCUUUGUGAGUCCGGGCAAAGGCAACGGCUUGCGUGCGACAACUGCAAUCAAAUCUGGAAAGUUGCUUUUCUCUUCCGAGCCUUUGGCAAGCUGCGUGUCGGCAAAAGUGGCCAAACAUGUGUGCCAUCGCUGCUUCGCUAGGCAUGAGACCUUGUUGCGGUGCUCCCAGUGCAAGAUGGCUCGCUACUGCAACAUCACCUGUCAGAAACAAGCAUGGUCUGACCAUAAGAGGGAGUGCAAAUGUCUGCGGAGCAUCCUUCCCAGAAUCCCUACCGACUCCGUCCGACUGGCUGCAAGACUCAUUUUUGCUCUGAUGAAUCCAUCAAAGACCGCCAGUGAGGAGCUCUACUCUUUCCACGAACAUGAAUCACACCUGAGCUCCAUGUCCGAGCAGAAGAAACAAGGUCUGUCUCAGCUGGCAUCCAUGCUCGAGAUGUACCUACAACAGGAAGUGCCUGAACUGACUCUGGAAAUGACAUCGGCCCUGCCGCAGCCCCUUGACUUGAUCGCAAAGGUGACGUGUAAUUGUUUCACCAUAAGUGACGGAGAACUGCAAGAGAUUGGAGUUGGGUUGUAUCCCAGUUUAUCGCUGCUGAACCACGACUGCAGGCCAAAUUGUGUGAUGGUGUUUGAAGGAACAAAGCUACACCUGAGAGCUGUUCGGGAUAUCAAACCGGCAGAGGAGCUAACCAUUAGUUACAUAGAGACGCUGUCGUUGACGGAAGAACGUCAGAAACAGCUGGAGGACCAAUAUCAUUUCACAUGCCACUGCCAGAAAUGUGACUCUCAAGACACAGGCAGACUCAUGCAGUCUGGUGAACAGACAACAUGGCUAAAGUUGAAGGAGGCUUUACCCAAAUUAGAAGAAAUGAAGGCAGCCUCAGAUUGGCAAAGCCUUCGAGAGAGUUGUACACGUCUUUUAUCAACCGAGGGUGCUGACUUGCCUGAUGAAAACCUCUACAAGCUCCGAUUGACCGAUAUGGCUCUGGAUUGUGCCGUUCACCUCGCUCAAUGGGAAGAAGCCACAAAACACGGGGGGAGGACACUUCCAGUUUACAGACUUUACUACCCUGAUCCCCAUCCCGUCCACGGAGUCCAGCUAAUGAGAGUUGCAAAGCUGCAGCAUUAUUUGGAGCGCAUUCAAGAUGCACUGGACACUUUCAAACAGGCCUUUGAAAUCCUCAAGAUCACCCAUGGAAUUGAUCACCGCUUGGUGACUGAUUUGUUGGUCAAGAUGGAAGAAUGUCGCUUAGAGAUUAAUCGAUAACUCAACUUGAUGUAAUUGAAGGCAAGCUGUAAAAAGUUUCUCUUUCUUUGAACAUCUUGAUGUCAUGAGGGCUCCAAGUUUGUUUGCAAAACCUGACAACAAAUACAGUUCAAAUCCGUUUGUAUGAGA